UAUUCUUAUGAAGAGUGGCACAAAAGAAUGUAUUUAUGGGAGUGAUUGAGAAUUGAGAAGAUGGUGGCCCUGAGCUGGGGCGGAUGUCAACAGUGAUAAGGGAGGAGCAGCUGGGCGGCGGCUCUCACCAACAUCGAUUCAUAAUGCCGGCAUACCAUUGUGGCUUGACCCAUUCUGGGUCAACUGUGGGAAAUAUGGCAAUGCUCCCGAUUAGAACCAAAUAUAGAGGCCCAGCUCCUCUCAUGACUGGUGAUGGCCUUGAUGUGGUUGAUGAGGCAUUGCAAUAUUUUAAGGCUAAUGUAUUCUUCAGAACAUAUGAAGUUAAGGGUGAAUGUGAUCGUACACUGAUCUAUGUGACUCUAUACAUUACUGAGUGUUUGAAGAAACUUGCAAAAUGUAAAGACAAGAAUACUGGGGCUAAUGAGAUGUACUCCUUGGCAGUCUCAAAGUUCCCCAUUCCGGGAGAGCCAGCAUUUCCACUAAAUGCUGUAUAUGCCCGUCCCAAGAAUGAUGCUGAUUUAGAAAUGAUGCAGCAGUACCUCCAGCAACUGAGACAAGAAACAGGUUUGAGAGUGUGUGAGCGAGUGUUCAACACACCUGAUGGCAAGCCUUCCAAAUGGUGGCUCUGUUUCACUAAAAAGAGGUUUAUGGACAAAUCUCUGCUGGCACCAACUUCAUAAAUUUGUUGUAGGUAAAACCAAUGUUAAUGUAAGAGUUGAAAAUAAAAUACUGUACAUGUUUCAAUAGUAAUGUACUAUUUCUUAAUUUACUUUUUUUUAACAAUUAAUUAAAAUGGAAUUGUUUAGAAAGUAAGAGUAAAUUGAAAAAUUAUUUGUUACAAAAGUAUUACAUGAAAACCUUGUCCUCAAUAUUCUUAGCAAUGGCAAAAGUAUGUCUAAUGGCCUUUAACUUUGAUUUUUUUUUUUUUUGUGCCUUAGCCUGUUUCCAUUUUUGCCUGUGAUGUUUAACAUUCAAAAUAAUUUAUUCUAUAAUGGUGUUAUUUUACUUAAAUACAAACUUUAAGGAAGCUAGUUGUUUUUUAAAUAUAAUUGUUCAAAACAAUCAUUUGAUGCAGUGAAAAACAUACUGCUCAAGCUACCUUGAGCACAAACUUUAAAAUUUAAUAAGGAAAUAUACAAACAAAAGUACAAUAUAUUACCAUUUAAAUGUAUCAAGAGGAUCAUAAGCUGCACUGAUGGAUCACAUACCAAAUAAGUUAUAAUCUAUAGUUGUCAUUGGGAACUACAAAUAUUGGCUUAAUUAUACCACGUGCAGUCACACUGCCAUAUUCAUAGUUGGUUAAAGUAUAUUUUAUGUAAUAUUGAGGUUGACUAUGGCGUAAAUAAGUAAUUUAUUAAGCCGUAGAUAUACCUGUUAUACUGCUUUAGCUUUAUUUCACAUACUUUUAUUUUGAAAAUACAGUAAUUGUAAUACUGUAACAUGUUAAGAAGGACACUUCUUAAUUAUCUAGGUAACUUUUAUACCUUGAAAUAUCACUGUACAUGAUCUUUGUACAGCAUACUUCUUAAUUUAUUUGAAAACUUGAGGUAAAUAAAGUAAAAAAAAAAAUAUUACCUCUUGUAAAAUAAAAAUGCCCCUAAAAUUACCCGCUUUUAAUAUUCACUUAUUAAUUCAGUUUAAAAUAAUGGCACUUGUACAAGACUUUUGUUAUAAAAAAUCCUAUCAUUGUCAUAGUUUUUAAACUGCAUAACUUGCUGGCAUUUUGUCUUGCAUUGCAAUCAAUAUAAUAAGAAUAAGAUCUGGUAAUUUUGAAAUUGAUGGCAUUUUUUAUUUUGCAAUUGUAUUUUUCCUUUAUGUAAACAGUACUUUCAAAUAAAAAUUUAAAUAUAUAUUAUUUGUUGUUACACGAUUGUCCUGUGUAUUAAAUUGCAACCACCUGCAGCUCAGGAACAGGACUAUUAAACAGGAGUGCUAUUGUAUACAAAGCAUCUGACUUCCAACAUACACAAGAGAACUCUUUAAUUUAUAUGGUGUAAUCUAAUAAAAGUUUUUUUAUGCCUUGUCCAUGGGUUGGGCCCGUGAAAAAAAUAGAUAACUCACUGGUAGAUACGUAUCAUGCACAUGUUGAAUAAAGGAAAAUGAAUA